CCAUCCCACACGCCACCAUACAACCACCACCUGACCAGUAACAGCAGCGAUAUGUCCUCGUCGACCCCCGAAGGCGGCGGCAGCGGCACGGGCACGGGCCGCCCACGCAGCCCCUCCCCAGCAGCUCCCGACUACGCUCCGCGCCCGGCCCCAGGCACAUUCGACGAGUUUAUCGCCCAGGUCGACGCGACGGCCGACGCGGGGGGCAGUGUCAUUGUCGACGCAGACCUGUACGAGGAGAUCUUUGCGCGCAUUCCAGUGGGCGUCGGCGCGCGCGACGCCUUCAUCGCGAGCCUCAAGCGGCCCGCCGCGCCACCACAGGCAGACGAGGCGUGCCCCGUCUGCCUGCAGAGCCUCGUGUCCAUCGAGACGGAGGAGGAGUACGCCCUCGCCUCGGAACACUACUUUGGCGACACGGACGCGCUCGGCCUCCGCGCGCUCCCGUGUCCCGCGCAGCAUGUCGUCUGUGCCCGCUGUGCGCGCGAGUGGCUCACCAGGAACAACUCGUGCCCCAUGUGCCGUGCCGUCGUCGACCCCGACGCCCCUGCCGCGCCGGGCGGCACGGCGACAGUCAUCGAGCGCCAGCGACACAGCGAGCAGAUGCUCGCCCUCUUCCAGGGCCUCUUUGGACCCCGCAGGGAACCACCAGCACCACGAGACGACAGCGGACGCGAGUCGUACGCCGGCAUGUACUCGUAGAGCGCGCGAGCGGGCCAGGCGAGGGAGCCAGGGAGCGAGGGAGCGAGUGACGGCGCAGCCAGUGUGAGCGAGCCAGAGACCCAGUUGUACCAGUCAAAGCAGGGAUCCCGCAGCGGCAGCAGCCAGAACGUAAACGUCAUGCAUUAUUUAUCAAGCAG